GCGCUCCCAAGUUCACACAGCGCCGGCGGUGUUUGCUAGUUUGUAGAGUCCCACGACUGGAGCGCUGCCGUCACUAUUGUUGUUCUCUGGAUGGACGCGCCGACUUCACAGCAGCUUUCACUCACAGUUUCUGGCCUCCAGCAGUGAAACUUUUCUCGCCUUGUUUCUGCCUCCAGAGUGUUUUUUUUUUUUUGUCGAUGGCGGGUCUAACCAAGAUGGACUCGGCUUGUGGAGACUAGAUAACGGCAGCUCCCUGAAUGUGGACCGGAUUCGUUUCUGCGCUGGAAACCUGCCGUCUGUGAGUGGAUGUAGCCGGACUGGGCCUUUUCCAUCCCAGGGGUCACCAUCCUAGGAAUGAACAUUUUCCCACUGGAGUUUCGGUGAACUUUUUCCCACGACUCGCCAUGUCGGGAGUGGUCCGCACCCUGAGCCGCUGCCUGCUCCCGGCCGAGGCCAGCCGGGACCCGGGCGGCAGCAAGGAGGGCAGCAGGGAGAGGGACGCGGCGCAGGAGCGGGAGGCGCGGCGGAGGAGCCGGGAGAUAGACGCUAUGCUCGCCCGGGAGAGGAGAGCCGUCCGGCGGCUGGUGAAGAUCCUGCUGCUCGGGGCCGGAGAGAGCGGAAAGUCCACAUUCCUGAAACAGAUGCGCAUCAUUAACGGGCAGGAGUUUGAUCAGAAAGCCCUGCUGGAUUUCCGGGACACGAUCUAUGAGAACGUCCUGAAGGGCAUGCGUGUGCUGGUGGACGCCCGGGACAAACUGGGCAUCAGCUGGCAAAGCUGCGAAAACGAGAAGCAGGGCAUGCUGGUGAUGUCGUGGGAGGGACGCGUGGGCGCCUCGGGGGUCGAGCCCAUCGAGUUCCAGCUGUAUGUGAUGGCACUGAGCGCGCUGUGGGCCGACGCCGGCAUACAGGAGGCCUACGCACGGCGCUCCGAGUUCCAGCUGAGUGAGUCGGUCAAAUACUUCCUGGAUAACUUGGACCGUAUUGGGCAACUGAACUAUAUUCCAAGCAAGCAAGACAUUUUGUUUGCGAGGAAGGCGACCAAAGGGAUCGUAGAACACGACUUUGUCAUCAAAAAGAUUCCUUUCAAGAUGGUGGACGUCGGAGGGCAGAGGUCCCAGAGGCAGAAGUGGUUUCAGUGUUUCGACGGGAUCACAUCGAUACUCUUCAUGGUGUCAUCGUCAGAGUACGACCAGGUGUUGAUGGAGGACCGCAGGACAAACCGCCUGGUGGAGAGUAUGAACAUCUUCGAGACGAUUGUCAACAACAAGCUGUUUUUGAACGUGUCCAUCAUCCUCUUCCUCAACAAAACAGACCUGCUGGUGGAAAAGAUUCGCACAGUGGACAUCCGCAAGAACUUUCCGGAGUUCAGAGGAGACCCGCGCAGGCUAGAGGACGUACAGGCAUUUCUGGUGCAGUCGUUUAGUCGUAAGAGGAGAAACCGGGGGAAGCCACUUUUCCACCACUUCACCACUGCGGUAGACACAGAAAAUAUCCGCUUUGUCUUCCACGCUGUGAAGGACACCAUCCUGCAGGAAAACCUCAAAGAUAUCAUGCUGCAGUGACCUUCACGCCGCAGACGACAGCUUCUCUGACUGUAACUGUGAAUCCAGGCCUGGAGGACUUCUGAGAAGGUCUGCUUGGGUCUGACACGACAGCCCAUGAGCUUAUAUUAACACUGACCUGUGGAGCAGCCAGUUGACCCAUUCAGAGUGGAUCUAACUGAACUCUUAACCUGUGGAGCCAUGAACCGACUGUGGACCUGUUGACCUGUUGUGGCCCCUGUGGACACCCUGCAUUUGCCCUGUAUAAAUGUGUGUAUGCUGGAAAGACAGUCAGCUGCUCCUUCCUACACAGGUUCAGAAAUGUAUUGAAAAGCUGUAGAGGAAAGCACCAACUACAUGACAUGAGCACUGAAAGUGUUUUUCUCUUGUGUAUAUAAGACUAAUGACACCCCUGUCACUAAACCGUGUCACACUGCUGCCUGUUGAAAUGUAGCUCGAGCUGCGUGAGCGAGAAACGGGAGGGGAAGAGUGCGAAAGAAGAAGAAGGAAGGAAGGAAGAGAGGCAGAAGGUUUAGAGAGAGCUGAAAAAUGCCUUGUCUUAAAGUACACGUGACAGAGGGAGAGGGCUGAGGGUUUGGGCCCACGCUGGUCAUAUGCUGUGUUAUGUGAUAAGGUUGCACAAGUGUUCCUGUCAAUGAACUUUAACAGAGGAAGAGACGAAGCCCUUUUUUUUACACUCCCUGUCCUCUCCUGUGCCGUCUAUUCUGUCUUCUUCUGGUGUUUAUUCUCAUGUUCCUGCCAUCGCACAAGAGAUGAACAACUGCAGAUAGCAAGUCUUAUAGGCAUCCUAUCCGUCUCCUCUCUCCUCUCCUCUCCUCUCCUCUCCUCUCCUCUCUUCUCUUCUCUUCUCUUCUCUUCUCUUCU